AUGAAGGGGACCUGGGGGGCUCUGCUGCUGCUGGGCCUGGAGAUACACCUCUCCCUCGGCGUCAUCCCAGCCGAGGAGGAGAACCCGGCCUUCUGGAACCAACAGGCAGCCCAGGUCCUGGAUGCUGCCAAGAAGCUACAGCCCAGCCAGAGAGCCGCCAAGAACCUCAUCCUCUUCCUGGGAGACGGGAUGGGGGUGUCCACGGUGACAGCCACACGGAUCCUGAAAGGGCAGUUGAAUGGUAAGCCGGGGCCUGAGACAUCGCUGGCGAUGGACCUCUUCCCGUACCUGGCUCUCUCCAAGACAUACAACGUGGACAGACAGGUGCCAGACAGCGCAGGCACAGCCACGGCCUACCUGUGUGGGGUCAAGGGCAACUACAAGACCAUUGGCCUGAGUGCGGCUGCGCGCUUUGAGGAAUGCAACACGACCUAUGGGAACGAAGUGGAGUCAGUGCUGAGCCGGGCCAAGAAAGCAGGGAAGUCCGUGGGCGUGGUCACCACCACCCGAGUGCAGCAUGCCUCACCUGCCGGCACUUACGCCCAUGUGGUGAGCCGAGACUGGUACUCAGACGCCGACAUGCCUGCCCAGGCCCUGCAGGAGGGUUGUCCAGACAUCUCUGUGCAGCUCAUCAGCAACGUAGACAUCGACGUGAUCCUGGGCGGGGGCCGCAAGUACAUGUUCCCCAGGUGGACCCCAGACCCCGAGUACCCAAGCCAGAGUGGCUUCAGGCUGGACGGCCGGAACCUGGUCCAGGAGUGGCUGGACAAACACCAGGGGGCCCGGUACGUGUGGAACCGCACAGCCCUCCUGCAAGCAUCCCAGGAUCCCUCGGUGACCCAUAUCAUGGGCCUCUUUGAGCCGGGAGACACAAAAUAUGAUGUGAACCGAGACCCCAACCAGGACCCCUCUCUGAUGGACAUGACCGAGGCGGCCCUGCGGCUGCUCAGCAGGAACCCCCGCGGCUUCUACCUCUUUGUGGAGGGGGGACGCAUUGACCAUGGUCACCACGAAAGCAUCGGCUACCUGGCGCUGACAGAAGCUAUCAUGUUCGACGACUCCAUCGAGAAGGCGGGCGAAAUGACCAGCGAGGAGGACACGAUGACCCUAGUCACUGCUGACCACUCCCACGUCUUCACCUUCGGCGGCUACACCCUUCGGGGGACCUCCAUCUUAGGGCUGGCGGAGGGCAAAGCUUCGGACGGCAAGGCCUACACGUCCAUCCUGUAUGGCAACGGACCCGGAUACGCUUACCCUCGGCCGGACGUCAGUGCAUCCAUGAGCUGUGAGCACGACAGCCCUGGGCCAGAGGGCUCCCAGCUUCGGAGGGUCGACCGGCUGCUAACCUAA